CAUCUCAGAUUCUCAAACUGUGAAUGGAAUAUUGAAUUUACAGCACAGUGUGGUUGGGUCCAGCCUGCUUGCAAGUGACCAAAGGCACUGAAUUAUCAACUGUCCUGCACUGCAGCCCAGAACCUGGGCGUUUUCCUCAUUCUUUGACCAGCAGGUCUCCCUUUCCUCCUCUUGUCUCUCUCUCUUGAAGUUUUUUCUCUCCCUGUCUCGGAAAGAAAACAAGUCUCCUCGGUUCUGAAGCCCUCUGUCCAAGGUCCCUCUUUGGACCUAUAACGGGGGUGGGGGGCUUUCCUGUUUCUGGGGACAUACUAGUAAUGACACCUAUUGAUCCCAACGGUAGAGACGCUCGGAACCUCGUGGAAGCAGCCAGUUCUGGGGCUGCCAUCUCAGUGAAGGUCGUCGCCAACAUUGCUGCCAACCUGAUCGCCAUCCUGGCUGUCCUGGCCUUCAUCAACGCCGCCCUUUCCUGGCUGGGGGACAUGGUGGAUAUCCAGGGACUCAGCUUCCAGCUCAUCUGCUCCUACAUCCUGCGGCCUGUGGCCUUCUUGAUGGGCGUGGCCUGGGAGGACUGUCCAGUGGUGGCCGAGCUGCUGGGCGUCAAACUGUUUCUGAAUGAGUUUGUGGCCUAUCAGGAGCUUUCCCAGUACAAACAGCGCCGCCUGGCAGGGGCUGAGGAGUGGAUUGGUGACCAGAAACAGUGGAUCUCUGUGAGUGCUCCAUUCCUUCCUGGCAGCGCGGGGAUGGCCCAGCAUUCCCUGGGGCCCCUGGCAACUGUUUUUGUGUUUCUCUGAGCCUGCCAGAGACACACUGGGGUGACGCUUAAGCACCCAUAUCCUGCUCUCCGGGCAGACCAGACAGACAGACAUCGGGGCCGCACUGUGAGCUCUGGAAAGAGAUUUGUCUGAGACCAAGUUCCAGAUGGGCCACUGCUAGCUUUGGCCCUGCGUGAGCUGCUGUGUUGUGCCUCUCUUUUGGAAAACAGGGAUGUAACGCCUGCCACCUCUCCUCCAAAGGGGCAUGUGGGAUUCCCCAGUGAGCUAAAGAACGAGUGAGCUGGGAGACCCUCCACCUCAGUCCCUGGUGAUACACACGGUGUAGGGCUUGGCUUAUUUCGUUGGCAUUUAUUCUAAAAACACCCCCAUGAACAAAAUGACACAAGGCCUAUGACAUUAGCCUUUCUGCAAGAAUACAAAGUCAGAACAUAAUGUUGGGAAUUACAGGUACGAGCCUCCACGAGAACAUCUUUUUUUUUUUCCCCUAAGACAGAAUUCACAGUUACUAUAGGCCUACAGCGUAGCCAGCUUUCUCCCUCAUCUUUAAGACGUAUGUAGAUUUUUAUUUUCAGUGUUGGAGAUGGAACCAGGCCCUUGUUGUACAUACUAAACACUGAGCUACACAUUUGAAAUUUAUGUCCUCUCCCCCAUUUUUUUUUUUAAGAGACAGGGCUUUUCUGUGUAGCCUUGGCUGUUCUGAAAUGUUGAAAUAGGAGCGGCAGGGCUGCGUCCCCAGCACCCGGCCGCCCGCAUGGCUAGCUUAUGCCCCGAAAUAAUU